ACUGUUUAGUGUACGCUGUUCAAUUCAGCUACGGGUCGACCGCCGUCAAUGUAAGACGUGUUUGCAGUCGUGGUCGUGACGUUUUAUUCGCGCCAAAGUUUACUCAAGGAUUGAAAAUGAAAUUAUUUCGCGAGGUGCACAAAUUUCUUAUUAUGUGUGAAAGUUUAUAGUUAUCUACGAAACAAAGAAAUUGGAUUUGUUUGCUAUGAUAAACGAUCGCUGCAUUAUGAAAAAACGGUGUAUGUGACAGUUAAGUUUUUGUUAAGUUAUUAAAAAACGUGCAUCACAACAUGGGAGCAUAAGAUUUAUCGGAUAUAAAAAUUAUAGACAGUUGGUGGAGAAACAAGAUGAAGCGCGAUCCGUUGCUUUCACCGCUUACAUUGCUGCUGAUUUGUACAGUGGGAUGGCUGGAGUGUGCAGAUGACGAGCAACACGACGCGCGAGAGGGUGACGAUGUCACGAUGCAGUGUCGGUUCGCGCUGGAACCCCUCGCCGGCGAGCCCCUCACCUACUACUGGGUCCGCAGCACCGCCAGCGGACAUGAGAACGUUGCGAUAGGCAACAUUCCUUUAGAAACAAACUAUCAAAUAACAUAUGCACCGUCAGAGGGGCGGUAUGACUUGCUGGUGGCGAAUGUGUCGUACGAGAGGGACAAUGGUCGGUUUGAGUGUCGAGUGAAGGCGGGCGGGUCGGGGCGCACGCUGCACUCGCAGGGGCACUCGCUGACGGUGCUGACGCAGCCGCGCGCGCCCAUCCUCACGCCGGGCUCGCACGCGCAAUCACAGGAGGAGCGAGAGCUUAACCUCUCCUGCUCGAGCUCCGGCGGCUCCCCGGAACCAACUAUCAAGUGGUAUCGCGACGGCUCAGUGUAUCCGCUGGAGACGACAAUGACGCACGCGAAGACACGCGCGGAGCCGACGGUGGCGACCCUGAAGCUCAACCCGACGAAGGAGGAUGACGGCGCCACCUUCCGCUGUGUGGUGUGGAACCGCGCCAUGCCCGAGGGACAACAGCUCGACGCCACUGUUGAACUCAGUGUUAAUUACUUUCCACGAGUAGAAGUUGGACCUGAAAAUCCAUUACGAGUAGAAAUCGACGGCACUGCUACGAUGGAUUGUAAAGUAGACGCUAAGCCUAAAGUAAGCAGUGUGCGGUGGACUCGGAACGGCAAAUACAUUGCCAAUUCCUUCACUCACACUAUACAAGGUGUGACUGUACAGGAUGCGGGCAAAUACACGUGCACAGCGGACAACGGGCUCGGGCGGCCCGGUGAGAAAGAAAUAUAUCUUGACGUACUAUUCCCGCCCAGCGUCACUGUGGAAUCAAAAACGUACGAGGCGGAAGAAGGCGGCAACGUCGAAAUCCGAUGCGAAGUUUCCGCAAAUCCCGAACCUACUUCCAUCGAGUGGACUAUGGAAGAGAAGCCAGACUUUCACCAGAACGGGAACACAUUGAGUUUGAGCAGGGUGAACGCUGACACGGCCGGCACGUACGUGUGCCGCGCCGUCAACGUGAUAUCCUCAAGCAACGGCAAGAGAGUGGAGCGCGCCAACAGCGCGUCGGUGGCCGUGCUCGUGCGCCACAAGCCGGGCCGCGCGCGCGUCAGCCCCGACCGGCCCGUGGCGCAGGAGGGCACCGGCGUCACGCUCACCUGCAGCGCCAAGCCGCCCGGCUGGCCCGCGCCGCAGUACCGCUGGUUCCGCGACAUCGACUCCUCCGACGCCAAGCCCGCCGUGCUCGCCACCGGCAACAAGUACACCAUCCCCAGCGCUCACCUCGGCAGCGAGGGCGUGUACCACUGCCAGGCCACCAACGAGCUGGGCCACGGCGAGCUGGCGUCCGUGGUGCUGGAGGUGCACCAGCCGCCGCGCUUCCAGGCCAAGCUGCAGCCGCACAUGACCAAGCGCGCGGGCGAGCAGGACUUCUCCGCCUCGUGCAGCGCGCUCGGCAAGCCGCGCCCGGAGGUCAGGUGGUACAAGGACGGCUCCGAGAUCAAACCGGACGCCAAUCUGUACGAAGUCAAAAGCGAAAUCACGGAAGGCCGCAAUGCUGUCUAUAACGUUCAGAGUACACUCAAAUUUAACGGAAAAGCGCGACCCAACGGCAACGAAUUGUUACCGGAGGACAGAGGCAUAUAUUCGUGUAAUUUUGAAAAUGAAGUUAAAAAAGUCGAGUCCACCAUGCAUCUACGAAUCGAACACGAACCUAUAGCCAUACGACAACAAAAGAAAGUGGCAUUCGACGUGAUGGAAACGGCAGAAAUACUGUGUAGGGUACAAGCGUACCCGAAACCUGAAUUUCAAUGGUUCUACGGUUCCAACACGGCGCCGCUGCAGAUGUCGUCCGACGGACACUACGAGAUCAACACUACCACCGACAACAACGACUCCUACCGCAGCGUCCUCAAGAUCAAGAACGUGAAGCCGCAAGACUACGGCGACUACCACUGCAAAGUGAAGAACUCGCUCGGCAACAUCCGGCCGCAGGUCCGCCUGCAGCCCAAGGGCGCGCCCGACGCGCCGCGCGCGCUCGCCGCCCGCCAGCUCGCGCCCGCCUACGUCACGCUGGCCUGGGACGCCGGCUUCGACGGAGGGCUCGCCAGCACCAAGUACUUCGUGCGCUACCGCCGCGUGGCGCCCGGCGCCGCCGCGCCCGCCGCGCCCGCCGCCGCGCCCGCCGCCGCGCCCUGCGCCGAGCGCGCCGCGCCGCACGACUGGAGCGAGUACGACUGCGGCCGCGCCAACCCCUGCAACGUCACGCGCCUCGACCAGCACACCUCCUACUCCUUCAAGGUGAAGGCGGUGAAUACUAAGGGGCAGAGUAACUUUUCAAAUGAGAUUACGGUGACCACGAAAGUGGACAAAAUAGCGGCACCGGAGCAAGUGACGUACGACCCGAGCAGUCGCAUGAUUGUAUUCACGGUGGUGCCCACGUGUCUAUCCAUCGUGGGCGUGGUGGAAGGACUGGCCAAUGUUGGCGGUGCCACCGGUUGGCAGGUGGUGGACACAGUACCGCUACGGCUGUCGGGAUCAUCGUCAACUGAGCAGGAGGCUAUUCUGGAGCUGCCCAACAAGUCCAGCAGAUCUUCGGGCAGGCACAUGACCGUCCCACCGCUGGAUGAGCUCAACCCACGAGUCAGAAUCAAACUGUGCCUGCAAAUAAACCAGGAGGUCUGCAGCGAUUACACAGAAGCUGAAAUCGGCCAAUCGUACGUUAAAGAAGCAUCAACGCUCACGACAGCCACUAUGCUAGCGAUAGUUUUCUCAUGUUGUGUAUUCAUAGUAUGUCUGGGUCUUUUGCUGAUGUUCUGUCGAUGCAAACGGAGAGAGAACAAGAAGGAGAGGGCUAAAGACUACGAAAUGGACUCUAUUAGGGCAACUCCCAUAGUCCAGAACCAGGCGCCGCCUCCAUACUACCCCAGCACGGGAAUGGAGAACAAGGCUUUAGAACAUUCUAUGGAUUUGCCAUUAGAUGACUCCAAGAACGCUAUGUAUGGGACCAAAGGCUACCCUUACCACAUGGUUCCGGCACAUAACAAACCACAAUCACUACAUCACGGACAAUCCAUGCCUAAUUGUGACUGGCCAAUGACGAUAGUGGAAAACAGUUACACAAACAGCAACAACGGCGGCAGCGUGAACUCGCAGGACUCCAUCUGGCAGAUGAAGAUGGCGGCGCACAACGGCGGCCUGGCGCUGCCCAUGCUGGAGCGGCCCGGCUACGAGUACGUGCAGCACGGCUACCGCGCGCUCGAGGACUACGCGCACUACUCGCACCUGCCGCAGGCUCCCGCGCCCGCCGACUACGCGCGCGCCAGCCAGAACCCCUCGCGCCAGGAGUACUGCUCCGACCCCUACGCCUCCGUGCACAAGCCCAAGAAGCCGCGCAUCGACCAGCACAUCGUGUACGACGAUUGUGCAGAGUCGCCGUACCACGAGGUGAGCGGCCUGCCCGACUACGGCGAGGCGGGCGCCGCGGGCGAGGACGCCGGCGCCGACGACAAGCCGCCGCACCUCUCGCUCAGCUACGACGAGUCGCUCGAGUCCGGCUACUCCACGCCCAACUCGCGCGGCCGCCGCGUCAUCCGCGAGAUCAUCGUGUGAGGCGCCGCGACUGCCGCCGCACCCGGCGCACCCGUCGCUCCCGCGCGGCCGCCGCACCCGCUGCACCCGCCG